CACCACAGCUGGUUCACCAAAGCCCCAGCAAAACCACAGCUGGUCCACAAACUUUUCUCCCAAAAGGUACAAUUCCUACACCACUUUUCUUCCAAAAGCACAUCUUCCCUGCACAUCUUCUUCUCCCUCCACAUCUACACGCAGCCUCUCCCUCCCCAUCUUCUUCUCCAUCAAGCAAACAAGGGGGCAGUUGCCCCAUCCCAGAUCUGGAACUUCACCAAGCAAAACAAGCAGCAGAAAUCAGAGGAAUUGCAUAACAGAAAAGAAAAAGCAGUUUAGAACAGAAGGGUGAAGAAUCACAGAGGUUGACGAUGAUUGACCUGAAUGAGGAACCCGAUGAAAAUAAUGGUGAUCAUGUGUACUGUACACAACAUGCUGCUGGAAAUACAGAGUUUGUUGCGGAAUCACCUAAUCCUCCUAUGAUUCAGAAAGUCAGUGUUGCUGUUGCAGAAGGAAUUUUUACAGACGGGCACUCAAGUCUGGUGAUGGCUGCUCCAGGUAAUACACAAAUACCUGCAGUAGUAGUUUCUGAGAGUGAUGGACAUACCCUUGAUGGCACAGGUGCACCGAGCAAUACUGGUGGGACUGUUGCUAAUGGGUUCGGUGAUGAAAAUGAUGAUGAAGCUUGGUCACAACCAAAGGAGCCUCAUGUGGGCAUGAGGUUCGACACUUUGGAAGGCGCAAAAAACCACUACAAUUCUUAUUCAUUGUAGAUUGGCUUUUCAAUAAAAAUGAAUACUUCAAGGAAAGCUGCAAAAACUGGAGAGCUGAUAAAGCAACAGUUUGUUUGCAACAAGUUUCAAAAGCCUAAGGUCAAUGACGGAGGGGCAGAAAAGAUUCCUACGCUAGAUGAAAUUGUUGACGAAACAAAAGAUGAUGAUCAAGAUGAGGAUAUUGUCUUUCUUGAUGAUGACAGUAAAACCAAAAAGACGACCAAGAAGCGGAAGAGAGAUACGAUAUUGCAAACUGGUUGCAAAGCUAAGAUGGUUGUGAAACUAAUUGAUGGCAGAUGGGAAGUGAUCCACUUUGUUGGCGAGCACAACCAUCCAUUGGUUGACAAGCCAUCUUUGACUAAGUACUGCGAUCACACCAAGGGAUCCCAGCAGAAGAAAGGGCAUUCCUUACACAUCUUCAUAACUGCAAUUUGACUACAGGUCAUAUGACGCACAUCAUGUCAGAAUUCUAUGGGACGGAACUCAUUGUCCCUUAUACAACUAAGCACAUUACAAACCUCAAGACGGUCUUGAACCAGGAUGCUACAAAAGAAGGGCAUAUGAUAGAGACAGUUGCAUACUUUAAAGAUCAGCAGAAAGAAUAUCCAGAUUUUUUUACAAGAUAAAGUAUGAUGAGGAGGACAGGGUUGAAAAUAUUUUCUGGGUCGAUGGUGCAUCAAGGAAGGCUUACAUGGAAUCUUAUCAUGAUUGCAUCUCCUUUGACACAACAUAUGUGACUAACAUGUACAACAUGCCCUUUGCGCCAUUCAUUGGAAUUAAUAGGCAUGGGCAGUCAUUCAUGUUGGGUUGUGGUUUUGUUAGGCAAGAGUUGGCGUCAAGCUUUGAUUGGCUAUUCCAGACCUUCCUUGAGGCAAUGCAUGAUGUAGCACCCACCAACAUCAUAACCAACCAAGACAUCGCAAUGGCACAAUCAAUUAAAAGAACCUUCCCUACAAGUGUGCACCGCUGUUGUCGAUGGCACAUUAUGAAAAAGGCACAAGAAAAACUUGGAGCAUUGUUGGGGCGAAACCCUGGCUUGUCCAAAGAUUUCAACAAUUGUGUUGACUUUACCUUGACGCCAGAGGAAUUUGAGGCGGGAUGGGCUGAGAUGAUGUUGAAGUAUGAGGUUAUGACUGACUCCCACUUCGAGACUUUAUACAAAUACCGAGAAACAUGGGUGCCGUUUUACUUCAAGCACCGGUUCUUCCCUUUCUUGCAGUCAACUCGACGCAGUGAGGGGUUCAACGCUGUCGUUAAGCAAUAUGUGAACCCACACAAGUCAAUUUUGGACUUCGUGAAGCAAUAUCAGAAAAUCCAAACACACAUACUAGUCCGAGAGGGUUCAAAAGAUUACAGGACAUGACACUUGGAGACUGAAAUGUGGUCGUCUUACCCCAUUGAGAAGCAGGCAUAUGAUUCCUAUACUAGGGACUUCUAUGAGAAGUUCUGUGAUGAGUUUCAGUUGACUGCGAGGUACAACGUACGACCACAUGGUGAAAACUUGUAUGAGGUUUACGCAAAUCAAGAGUGGGUUGCUAAAUAUGGUUGUAGGAGCUAUUUUGUCACAGUAGAAGCUGGUGCUGGAGACUACAGAUGUGACUGCUGCAAGAUUGAGCGGGACGACAUGCUAUGCUGCCAUAUCUUGAAAGUUUUCAACCAACUUGGUGUUCAUGAAAUCCCAGCGCAGUACAUACUUAGAAGAUGGACACCUUAGCAAUUUCUGAUGCACCCCCCGCUAUCGAGGAUAAACCCGAUGAGUUGCCAGCACAAACCAAGAAAGAACUAAGGCAUGCAAAUUUGGUGAUGGGUUUUGGUAGUCUUGCUCAGGUUGCCAGUGCAUCAGAUGCUGCAACAGAUAUUGUGAAGAAGCACAUGCGUGGGGCACGUCAUGAGAUCCAAAAUCUCAACAUGUCAAGGAAGAAGAAGCCGACAGUACCUCCCGCUAGGCCCACUAGUGGUCCUCAAGCAUCAGCUGGUGGUUCUGCACCACCACCUAUUAAUACUCGGGCAAAAAGAGGACAUGUGUUGGAUGUUGAUGGACCUAAAGAAGGUCCUUCUGUUUGUAGGCAGCAGAAACCUACUUCUGCAGCAGGGAGGAAAAAAGCAGCAGUGCAACCCGGUAACUCUAUCAGUGAAGGUGGACAUCAACAAUCAAACAGUAGGACUGCAACACUGCCCAGGGGGCCUCCAGCGCCAGUGCCAAGGCCAAGGACUGUGCAUACACUAAGAGGGGCUGUGCCACAAAUAUUUGGGGAUGCAUCACUAGUGAGAGGCCCUGUUCCACCACAUAUGGGUCCUAGACCAACACACUGGCCUGCAUCACAACCUAUGGGGGAUGUACAACCAAACCAGGGCCCUAACGCAGCAAACACAAUGUAUGUGACCAGUGCUGUACUUGAACAAUCUCCUAGAGCGUCAGCAAUAGUUGAUGGUGGGUAUGGACAGCGUCCCGGUUCUUUUACAAUGCAAGAAGAAAGUGGCAGCACAUUUUCAACUACCAUUGGGCAACCUCCUGAUAGACAUGAACACCCGCCACUCAAUAUAGCAUCACUACAUGCAGCUGUUGCGGCCGCGCAAGGUGCUUCCAUGGUUGAACCACAUUUUGGGGAAACUAUUGCCACACCUGACCCUACAAUUCCUAGAGACCCUCCAAGAUCAACUACAAAAGGUAGGGCAAAGUUAAAAAGAAUUGAAUCAGCACUUGAGCUGCACCUGAAGAGGAAAAACAAGUGCAACUAUUGUGGGUCUGUUAACCACAGUGGUGCACAGUGCAAGACCAGACUGGUGUGAUGUACACACAAAGAACGGAUGGUUGAAUUUUUUUUUUGCAUUGUCAACUUCCUACUUCCCCCCCUAGAAUUUUGAAGUUUUAUAUGU